AUGGAUUCAUCCAAUUAUGGAGGUACUGCAUCAGAUCACAAGAACCGGCUACUGCUUAACAAAGACUUCUUGGAUAAUAGCUCUUCGAUUGCCACCGACGUUUAUUACGAUCAAGAUCAAGAACAAUAUAAUGGUCAUCAAGAACAUCAUCCUGAAAAGGGUAAUUUGGCUGUUGAUUCUAGCCGCUUUGCACCUGCUAUCAUCAAUCUCAUGGACUAUCUCCCUGCUAGAAGUUGGUCCAAAACGCGGAAGAGAACUUGCUGUUCUUGCUCUUCUUGGUUGUGUCAUGUCGAUCAAGAGAUUCUUGAAACAAUCCUGUUAGAACUGAAAUCUAUGGGUAUUACCAAAAACAAGAACAUAUCAAAGAUUUUGCCAAAGAUAGUAAGCAACCAGGAUAAGGGAAAGGUUGAAGAGAAGAUGCAGCAGUGUUCAACAAAUAAUAACAAGACUAGCUUGGGGUAUUCGGAUUCGGAUACCAAUGACCAAGUUCCUACUGCCAGUGGCAAGAAGAGGUGUAAUGAAUUGGGAUUGAUUAAGAAGUACGUGAAGAAGAAACCGAAGAAGAUGGAUAUCAAGUUAAAAAGCCUGUCAGAAUUGGUUGAUCGAAAGGGUUCUUAUAUUUGCAAGGAAUGCAACGAGGUGUUUGAUGAUUACCAUGCACUUGGUGGCCAUACAGCAGCUCACAACAGGAACAAAAUUCUAGAGAAUGCACCAUUGGGGGAAUUAGGGACUGGAAGAGGAGGAAAGAGAAGAGAUACAAGCUUGGCAGAACCAGCGGUUGAUGAUAGAGGAAACAAAUAUGUGUGCAAUCUGUGCUCAAGGAGGUUUUCAACAGGGCAGGCGCUUGGAGGCCACAAAAGCUAUCACCGGAAGAUGGCCCGUGUUGAAGCUCAGAAGGGCUCUGGCGAAGUGACAUCCUCUGUAGAAAAUGUUUCUAAAAUUGAUUUGAAUGCCCCCCCAAGACGAGAUGUUUAG